GAGAGCUCUCGCGAGAUCGCGGGGUGCGUGCACAGGGCCUGCUGCUUCCGGCCGGGGGGGAGGGGGGUCGGUGCAGAGUCAGCUGGGGAGGGGGCGGCAGGAAGAGCGCGAGCCGGAGCCGGAGCAGGCAGGAACCGGCCUCGACGCCAGGAGCGCACCGCGAGCGAGCCGGCCCCGGGAGCCCCUGCACGGCGCCCCCGUCACCGCCAUGGGCAACAUCUUCGGGAACCUGCUGAAGAGCCUGAUCGGCAAGAAGGAGAUGCGCAUCCUGAUGGUGGGGCUGGACGCGGCCGGGAAGACCACCAUCCUCUACAAGCUGAAGCUGGGCGAGAUCGUCACCACUAUCCCCACCAUAGGGUUCAACGUGGAGACUGUCGAGUACAAGAACAUCAGCUUCACCGUGUGGGACGUGGGCGGCCAGGACAAGAUCCGGCCCCUGUGGCGGCACUACUUCCAGAACACCCAGGGGCUGAUCUUUGUGGUGGACAGCAACGACCGGGAGCGGGUGAACGAGGCGCGUGAGGAGCUGAUGCGGAUGCUGGCCGAGGACGAGCUGCGGGACGCCGUGCUCCUCGUCUUCGCCAACAAGCAGGACCUGCCCAACGCCAUGAACGCGGCGGAGAUCACGGACAAGCUGGGCUUGCACUCCCUGCGCCAUCGCAACUGGUACAUCCAGGCCACGUGCGCCACCAGCGGGGACGGGCUCUACGAGGGCCUGGACUGGCUGGCCAACCAGCUGAAGAACAAGAAGUGAGCGAGAGCCACCCCGCGCUGCGAGGGGCCGGGCGGAGCCGCCCCUCUCCCCACCCCCUCUCAGGCUGGCAGGACCCGUCGGCCGCCCGCGCGGGGCUGCGUGGGUCUCUUCCCCCCUCCCCAGCUCGUUGGGUUUUGCUUUCGUUCCGGCACCGGUUGCUGUGGGUUUGAUUCGGGGUCUCGGUUCUGGUGCCCCCCGCCCCCGAGGUUUGCACGGAUCUCUGUGUGUGCGCGUGUGUGAUGAAUAGAUAGAUAUAUAAAUAUAUAGGGGGGUGGGGGGCAUCUGCUUCCGUGCUGGGGCAGGCCCCCUGCUGCCCAGGGCUGGAGGGGGCGGGGGGGGGCACACGGACGGACCCGCGUGUGGCAGUGGCCUUUCUUUUGUGUUGUUUUUAUGUUGUUCUUGGUGCCCUGUGACGUGAGUCUAAACACGGAGGAGAAUUCCUCAAGGCAGCUUUAAGCUUCUGUGUGGGGGGGCUGCCUGGUCUGGGCGGGGGGGGGGCACUGCAGGGGGAGGGGGCAGCUGGGGGAGUCGGUUCUGGGUCUCAUCACUUUCCAUCUUUCAUGGAGGGGGGAAAUUUGGAAUCACUUGCUAGGGCAGCGCCCCCUGCUGGCAACGUGGCCCUUUCCCCUCUCCCUGGGCGGGGGUGUGUGGAUUCAGUGGCAGAAUCGGGACCAGGGUGGAAAUUGCCACUCAGCCUCGCACCCCGCCCCCCUCCCCCAGGGUUUCAGAAGCUGCCGGCCCCUUAUCCAGCCCCAGCUUCCCUGUGUCUCCACUGGGGCAGUGCCCCGAAGGCACCCACAGCUGUUAAGUGACCCCCCCCACCCCCCCACCGAGGUCACCCCAGAGCAAAACGAAGCUCAGCAGGGCCCUGCUGCAGGGGCCCGGGUCCCCCCCUGUCCCCUCCCCUGACACCAAAUCAUGUCACUUCAAGAGGCAGGAUUCCUCCCCCUGCAGCAGCCCCCCGCCUCUGCAGCGGGGGGGUCACUCCCAUUAUCACAACCGCUUGCUGUGGGGACACCCCGAGAGGCGCCUGCUGGGCUGAGCAGGGGUUUAGGGGAGACACAUCAGGGACCGCUGCCCCCCAGGACUUACCCAUAGCAGAAGGAUGGUAGCCCUGCGGAUCCUGUCCCCCAGAGGCGAGUGGUGGGAGCCCGUUAGCUCAGUUUGGGCUGGGUAAUUAGCGGCUGUUCCUCGGUGGGCUGGUUGGCAAGGGGUAUGUUAAUUUUUUCUUUGCACCCCCCCCCCCCCCAUCCCUCUUCCCCAAGAUGGAGGGAAAUUGGGCCUCACCCACUCCCCCCAGCUUGGAGAGCCACCUAACCAGCCAGCAGGGGGGAGCGAUUAGCAAGUGACGCCAGCGCCUUGAGUGUCCCCUUGUUCCCCCCCACCCCGCGCAGCACAGUGAUUGUAACGAGAACAUCCCCCCCCCCCCACCUCCCCGCCCCGGGCGGGCGGACAUACUGUCAGCUCCUCCCCAGCACAUGUAUUUAUACCCCCCACCCCCCGGUCUGUGCUUGGUGUGACAUGUUGCCCGUGGUUCUGCCCUGGGACGUGGCCCGUGUGUAUAGCACCACCUGCCCCCCCCCCCGGCUCUCGAGUGUUGGAUACACGCGGACUCCUGUACCCCCAUUGAAUAUGAAACAUGUUUUAUGUAACGCUG